CGUCGGCCUGCUGUCCUUACGCCUGCUGUCCUUACGCCUGCUGUCCUUACGCCCGCCUGUCCGCCGUCCUGUUAGGCCCUUCCAACCCCCCUCCCCCAGAGCCGCACAUACUGGCUGCACCGCUGCUCGACUACGACAUCGCACUCUAGGCCUACCGCCGCCACCACGACUACCUCGACCCACGUGACGAUCUCCUUGCAUUCCAAGCUCCACCGCUGCAGUCGCUUCCGGUUUCUUCGUCCAGGGAUCUCCCGGUCCCGCCCAGCCAACAAGCGCGCCGAUCGCCGUCUCUCGAGCAUCCUCGACCAGCUCUAGCAACCUUCCUACUCCCCAGCAAACCUCCCCAGCCCUCCAACCACCCGCGUUUCUUGUCCCUCGUCGUCGUGAGCUACCAUGCGUCUAUUCAAUCGCAAGGGCUCAAAGCCCCAGGUUUCUCCCGGCGGCAGUCAGCCAAACAGUUCCAAUGGCUCUCUGCGCUCCCCUGGUCCCACUCCAAACGGCUCCCGCCCGACCAGCUUUCCAGACGUCCCGCUGCCAAAGGCCCCAGAUCCAUCGCUCGACCCAGCCGGCUACCUGCGCAGCAUCUAUGCAGUCCGCGAACGCUCCAGGCUGGUCCUUGAAAAGGCAAAGAAGAACCAGCUCAAGCACUUCACCGUCGACAUGAGCAAGUUUGGAGAUGUCGCCAGCUUUGUAGUCUCCAUUAUCAAGCGCGACUAUGCUCCCGACUACGCAUCCAUCCCCCCGCAUGGUAGAUGGCAGCACUUUGACGUUGGCGGCCGCCCGCGAAUCGACCAACUCAUGGCCUCAUGGCCCUCGACUGUCGACAACCAAGAGCGAACGCGCCGCUUGCUUGAUCUAUUUCUUGUUUCCGUCUUGCUUGAUGCUGGCGCUGGAACAAAAUGGCAGUACAAGAGCAAAGAGUCUGGCAAACUCUACCGCCGCAGCGAGGGUCUCGCCGUCGCCAGUCUGGAAAUGUUCAAGGCCGGCACAUUUAGCAGCGACCCCAAAGAGCCUUUCCAAGUCGACAGCGCCGGCCUGAAGAAACUCGACGUUGCGACCGUGGCCCGUGGCCUCCAGGUGACUGCUUCCAACCCAAUUGAUGGUCUCGAGGGCCGCACUACUUUGCUUCUUCGCCUCGGAGAAGCCCUGCAGAACCAAGAAGUCUUUGGUCUUGAGGCUCGCCCAGGAAACAUGCUUGACUACCUUCUCUCACAUCCCACGACACAAGCAUCUUCUGUCCCCAUUAUUCCUCUGCCCACGCUUUGGAACACGCUCAUGGACAGCCUCACUCCCAUCUGGCCAGCACCGAGGACCCAAGUCGACGGCGUACCCAUGGGCGACGCAUGGCCCUGUUCCGUCAUGCCAUCACAUCCGACCCACCCAUGGGAAAACAUUGUCCCAUUCCACAAACUCACUCAGUGGCUCGCCUAUUCACUCAUGGUACCCAUGACCAGGCUACUCCACGUGCACUUUGCCGGCGCUGAACUCCUGACUGGACUGCCAGAGUACCGAAACGGAGGUCUCUUCAUUGACGUUGGCCUCUUGACACUAAAGCCCGAAGACCAAGAGCGCGGACUGGCGCAAUACCAGGAGAAUGCUCAGCAAAAGGGUCAGCCCAGCAUGGAAGUGGUUCCCAUGUUCACGGCCGACGACGACGUGAUUGUGGAGUGGCGCGCGGCAACCGUUGGCCUUCUUGAUGAGCUUUUAGCCGAGGUGAACAAGCUGUUGCGUUUGAGCGGGCCAGACAAAUUGACCCUGGCUCAGAUGCUGGAAGCGGGAAGUUGGAAGGGAGGUCGCGAAAUUGCCGAAGUGUCGCGGCCCAACACUAAAGAACCGCCGAUCAUGAUCCUCUCGGACGGCACUGUUUUCUAAGAUACCCCUUUCUUCAACCGUUCCGCCUUUCUUUCGCUUCAUUUUGAUAUCGACUGCGUGCAGUGGACCCACGCUCCCGAUCCAGAGGGGGUUGCUCCCACCCGCGCCGCAAUAAGGACCUUCUAAUUCUGGCCCAAAUGCAUGGGACUUUAUGAUACACGAUCUCGACGGUCGCAUUUGGUGGCUCGGCUUUCUGUUGAUAUGUUUUGCUUCGUCACAUCGGCUACGUGUACAUUUUUUUGUUAUUUUCUUCUUCUUCUUCGUCGUCUUCUUCAAACCUUCAGUGCUCCGGGUUGCCUGAUCCCUUUUCUUGUAAUAUUUCGCCAUUUACCGAAGUGCUUUUUGGGAGGAGCAGAUACAAAAAAAUUGGACAAUUAGCUGAGGAGUAGAGCCGAUUGAAUUACAGCCAGUAGCUUUUGCGAUUGUACGAUUGAUAAGAUUGAUCUUAAUCUGCAAGCCAUGUCGAAU